AUGGUCUGCAGGGGCCACACUCGACCCAGCGGCAUGGCCUGGCCCCUUCGAUUGACCCUGGCAUGCACCCUGCUUGGGGCCUGUGGAGGGAGUCCUCCGAUCCGAGCUAGGCCUUGGGGACAUCACAGGCUGGCAGCCAAUCUGGGCACAGGCCAGCUGCACCUGGCAGAGAUAGAUACACCAGAGGCGUCUGGCCCUGGAACCGUCCCAGAGCGCUGUGGGGCGCUGAGCCCCAGGUGCAAAUCCUUCCUGGAACACCUCCAGGAUGCCCUCCGGAGUCACUUCCUCCUGCCGCUCUGCGCGGAGCUCUGCGAGGGCUGGUUCACCACCUGUGAAGCUGAUAUCACCUGCGGCCCGACUUGGCUCUCACUCCCAGAGAGGAGCUGUGAGCCCGGCUGCCGUACCUAUGCGCAGACCUUCGCGGACGGCGCAGACCUUUGCCGCUCUGUUCUGGGUCACACCCUGCCGUUGGCAGCUCCUGGGUCCCGUCACUGCCUCAACUUCUCUGUCUCGGUGCUGCCGCGUCCCAAGCCCAGGCGGCGGGCCCGGGAAGCCACCUCCCCGCGCCCCUGGCGCCCUCGCAUCUCGCUGAUCCUGGACGCUCCAAGCAGUGGGAGCGGCAGUGGAAGCGGCAGCGGCCCCUAG